AUGAAGCUGCUGCUGCUGCUCGCUCUGCUCUCAGUUGGUGAAGGUGUCAGAGGCAGCAGCGUUGCCGUCCGAGCCGGUGGCAACGUCACUCUGUCGUGUCGCUACGACAUGAAGGAUCAAAAGCAGCUGUCAGUUUGCUGGAAUCGAGGAGACAUACCAUCGCGUAUAUGCGACAAUGAGCUCAUCGCCACAGACGGGCUCAGCGUGAGAGAGGACAGCAGAAGGUCCAGCAGGUAUCAGCUGCUGGGACAACUGGACCGGGGGGACGUGUCCCUGACCAUCCUGAACGUCACCGAGUCGGACGCUGGACGAUACGGCUGCAGAGUGGACAUCCCCGGCUUGUUCAAUGAUGCAAAACAUCACUUUGACUUGACUGUUGACUCAGAUCCACAGACGACCACAUCAGUGACCUCAGAGACGUCCACACUGCAGACAACCGUCACACACACUGCAGGUCCUCCAACACACACACUAAAUGAUGGAGAAGCCUCAUCGUUCCCCUCAUUUCUUCGUCCUGCAGGUCACAUGAACGCCACAGAAACCGUCAUCAGAUGUGUCAUGUUCGGGUUGAUAGUGUUGGUCACAGCGGGCGGAGUCGUCGUCCUCGUGAGAAAAUGGAUGCGACUUCACAAAGUGUGACACAAUACGAUGCCUGACAGAGGAAGCAGGAAGUGAGGUCACCAACCCCACAG